UCCCCGCGCCGCCGCCGCCUCAGCCGGUAGGCGGGGAGCCGCGGCGCGGCGGGAAGGCGAGGCGGGCCGGGCCCUGCGCGGCGCUAUGGCGCUGCCGGCGCUGUCGAGCUCGGGGGUGAAGUUCCGGCGGGUCCUGGCGCACUUCCCUCAAGAGCUCAGCCUGGCCUUCGCCUACGGCUCCGGGGUGUUCCGCCAGGCGGGGGACUCGGCCGGGCCCGGCGAGAACAACAUGCUGGACUUUGUGUUUGCUGUUGAUGAUUCUGUGACAUGGCAUAUGAUGAACUUAACAAAGAACAGGAGUCAUUAUUCCUUCCUAAAAGUUUUGGGGCCAAAACAGAUAAACAGUGUGCAGAACUACGGAGCAGGGAUUUACUACAAUACGUUAGUGCCAUGUAAUGGUAGGAUGAUAAAAUAUGGUGUAAUUAGCACUGAUACCCUGAUUGAUGAUUUACUCCACUGGAAAACCCUCUACGUGGCUGGACGCCUACAGAAGCCGGUGAAAAUCUUGACACAGAACGAGAAUAGCAAGCUCCAAGCUGCUCUUGUGAGCAAUCUGAAGAGUGCAGUCACAGCAGCCUUUCUCAUGUUACCAGAAAGCUUCUCAGAAGAAGACCUCUAUAUGCAGAUUGCAGGACUCUCCUAUACUGGUGAUUUCAGAAUGAUAGUAGGAGAAGACAGAUCAAAAGUGCAGAACAUAGUGGAACCUAAUGUUCCUCAUUUUCAGAAGCUGUACAGUAACAUACUACAGGACUGCCCUCAAGUGGUAUACAAGCACCAUCUGGGAAGACUAGAGAUAGAUAAAAGUCCAGAAGGUCAAUUUGCACAAUUGAUGGCUUUGCCAAGGACUCUGCAACAAAAGAUAACUUCUCUGGUGGACCCUCCUGGAAAAAACAGGGAUGUGGAAGAAAUUCUAUUGCAAGUUGCCCAUGACCCUGACUGUGGAUUUGUGGUGCAGCAAGGCAUUUCAAGAAUUGUGAGACCUUCCAGUGUAGUGCAGAGUGCUAAAACCAUACUAACAGCUGGUGUGCGCGGUGGAAAACUCGUAACAACAGAGAAUACUGAUCCCAGUGGUAGAAACAGACCCCAACAGAUACAAAUGAGCAGCACGAGAAAAGAUUCAGGAUGGAGUCACGACCUUCUGAAUGAAAUAGUUCCCAGGCUGUGUGGGAAAGGGUCUAAGUGGACCUUACCUCCAUCUAACAGAGAGGAUGCUCACUACUGGUGAGGAUUCAUCCACGACAGAUUCAGUGAGAUCACUCUUAGUGAAACUGUAUUUUUCUGUGUGGGUUAAUUACAUUCCUGUAAUCAACUUCUGGAAAAUGAAUACUGUCAGCAGAAAAAUAUAGCUGCUUUUUAAAAAAUGCCAAUUGCUGCACACUGGAUUGUUGGAAAUCUGUUCUAUGUUCUGAAUACAUUACCAGACAAUGAAGGCUAACAGCUAAAAUCUUACUCCAAGUUUUGCCUCAUUUAUCUUCUCUUUAUGUCUGUAAAUGAAAAUGUAACUAUUGCAUUUUUGUAAUUCCCAGAAUUCCUCAAGGAUGCAGACUUUCCUACAAGAAAAAAAGGACAUCUGUGGUGCACAGAUGGAGCAAAAACUUAUCCAUAGAAUAAGCAAUACGACCAAAUUAAUUACAAAAAGUAGGCAGUGGAAAACGAGACACUCUUACCUUUUAUUAGCUCAUUCCUUCUUCCUGUAAUAGUGUGGCUAAGUGGAGUGGCUAAUGCAUCAUGAGCCUUACUGGGAAAUAACAGCAUUGAACAAAACCAUCCUGACCAACCUGUGCUGUUUUCAAGAAAAAGGCGAGGAUAGGGCUCCUUAAAUCUGGUUAAAUAACAGCACCACAGGAUGUGAAACCCCUGGCUCAUAAAUUAUAACUGCUUCAAGCACUGGUUGAGAGAGAUUGUGUGUCAUAAGAUUGCCCAACAUCUGGUUGAGAAUUCUUACUAACAGGGCAUUUAAUCACAUGCUUGACUUAAAAUGCAUACAUUGCUACUGUUAUUGAAUAGGUCUGUCAUUCCUUUCUAAGAGUAAUGGCAACAUACAGCUUGGGCUUGAAUCGACAGAAGUUAAGAAAGAAAAUAAAAUAGUGUGAUGUCUCAGUAAAUUGGGCACUGCUGAGCCCCUCCUGGGAUGUGGCUCCAGUAUAAGUGAAGGCUGGAUGCUAACAGCUCGUUCCCUUUGGUAGUUCUUAUUUGUUACCCUGAAGUUGUGGCUGUUUUCCCUUUUAUUCAGAGUACCUUGGAGAUACGUGUGUACCACAGCUUUAAACAGAAUAUCCUAUGAGGAUAUCUCACAUCCUGAGAGGCUCGGUGUUUCUCCUGCUCUGCAGUUCCUCACUGCUAAGUUUGGGGAUAAGCCGUAGUUAAAUGUAGAAUUUCUUUACAUGAUGAAAUGCAGUUGUAACUCUAGGGAAGCAUUUAAAAAAACAGCUUUCAUUUCAAAGCCAUUAGCAAUACGGUUCAUGUUCUGAAUAUUAAAAUAAGACUCAUUUAGAAGCGGUUUUGGUGUUUCAGAAGGUGCCUGCUACUGCAAUGGUGGUUCAAAACAUUGGAAGUCAAUUACAAGUCAUUCUGAAGUGUGAGAAUGAGUUUGCCUUGGCUUCCGUAGUGAAACAGUUGUCUUCAUUCUGAACCUUGCAAGCUAAGCAAGGGCAUUUGUUCAAGAAAAACGUUCUUGUAGGAAACCCAGGACUGUACUGCUUGCUGUUUAGCAGCUAAUUAAACAUUUUUAUGUACAGCAGAUGCUGCAUGGCGUCAAACCCUCCCAACCUUUAAAGUGCUUGUCAUGCUGCCUGUGGACCGGUUCUUCCCAUUGCAGGUGUUCCCGUACAGUUUGUAACCUGAACUGGCCGCGUCUGUCUCUUGCGUGGCUGAAAUACCCAUUGCAUAUCUUGAUUUGGCUUUAUGAACUUGCUUUGUGUAUAGCAAUAUCAUGGGUCAUUUCUCGCUCUUUGGAGAGAGUUUUGCAAAUCCCAGUUUAAUAGUUCCUCGUUUACUCCAUCUGUUGAUCCGCUGCCAGCAUUCAAGUCUGCGCAGUAAAUCUUUGUGAGACAUAAGAAAGUCCUUCCUCAUCAUCCAUAUAGGCUGAAAUCUUAAACUGUGUUCUGUAAAUCAUUUAUCUCUGUGCUUUUUAAAGAGUGGCCUACCUUUCCCCUUGAGGCCAUUGGUCUUGAAUGUAUUUAUUUUUCUGGCAGAGCGCCAUGAAUGAAUCAUGGCCUGGAGCAGCUUACGGUCUGAACUCCGCUCUAUUGUUAACCUAAAAUACUUCAUGCAGUUGUUACAACGUUUUGCUAUGUAAAACUUUUAAUAGAAGAGAGAUUGAUUUCAGACUUGUUAGUUGCUUUUGAAGUUCCUUGGCACUAUGUGGAAAUGAUUUCUUAUGGUCAUACAGCUGUAAUCCACUAAAACAACUAGUGAUUGUUGCACGGGAAGUUAGUACAUGGGAAUAUGUUACCAACUCUUUGUUGUAAUGAGGUGUGUUUGUCCUUUUCACAACAAAUAGUCACUUUAGCUUUUCAUUCCAUUUGUACCUUUCCUGUUUACACCUUCCUGCUUCAUUUCCAUACUGCUUUAUUGUUUUAUUGUUUCUCUUCUUGACUUAACUCUCAAGUCUUUAAUUCUGUUCUUCAGACAUUCCUCUUUUCUGGUUUGGCUAUUCCACAGUGGAUAUUGUUUCAUGCUGCAUCCCCUUUUUUCCUGUGUAACAGUGCUUUCAUUAAAGGCAACCAGGCAGAUGAUUUAUUUCUUGAUGUCUUAAAAGGCUUCUUUGUAAUGAAGAGCCUGGACCCAAUCAAACUACUCAGGAUUUCCGUAGGUGAGUCAGCAGCAUGGGCCUUGCUGGCUCUGAGGGUAAUAGUGCCAGUGGAGUAUGUAACUCAUCUCUUGCUUCAGAGGGAAUAAACCAGAUGACACAGGAUGAAUGGGAAGUCAAAGUCUGACUGGAUACAUAACCAUAGAUUCUGGUUUCCACUCCUCUUUACAGUCUAAUCUCGGUAUUGUGUCCCUUUGUGAGCAACCCAUUUGGCUGCUGCUAAACUUAUGAUCUGGGGAGAGCAUAAAACUACCAGCCAGGAUGCUGACUUCCUCCAUCAACAUGCGUUAAGAUGUGUUCUUUAUCACUUGCUCAUUUCCCCUUUUUCCAAGUAUUUGAGCAGUGAGUUCCUCCAGGUGGCUGCUAUGUGGCCCUUCAAUGUCAGCUCCAUUGGGCGCACCAGGCUUUGUUUCAGCAGCAGAGGCCGUGUUUCUCACCUGUGCUUCAGUGGGGUUUCUCUUUAGGUUUGAUUGACCUUCAGUGUCAGUGAAUUUGAUGAACAGAUGGAGAGCAACAGCUGCAACCUUACCGUAAAUGGGGUGCCUCUAGGUAGCAUUUGGCUGAGCAUGUGCAAUCCCUUUCUGUUGGGGAGCUGGACUUUACAGUAUCCCACAGCUCCCUGAUGUUUCCAACAAACACCUUUGUCAAAUUGGGAAGAGAAGGAUGGAGCUAGAGGCCGGUAUUCCUGGGUGGCUUAGGGAACUGAACUGUAGGGUCCAUGUUCUUUAAAUCGAUGGAGGUGGUAAUGCUAGAGCCUGUUCUGACUUGGGAAACUGUAGAAUAAACAUAGCACUUGGUGCCUGUCCAGUCGAGGGGGACCCAAGCAGGGUGGUGACUCAUGCCUUUUCCCAGCAAUUACUUUAAAAAUAGAAUUGAAAUUGAAAUAUGCUUUGCAGGUCAGAAUGUCAGGUCAGUGUGUGUCUGAUAGUUUUUCGUGGGUAAGGUGUUGACAGAGGACAAA